AAUUCUUCGUCAAAUCCGCUGGUUUUGAACCUGGGUUGGAUACCCUGUUUAAUAUUUUUAACGUAAAUUCAUUCUAAAAAACAAAGAACAAAGCAGUACUUGAAAACACGUAAAUGCAAUUAAUAUCGAAUUGAAACAUUAUUUGUUUUUAUAAAAAUGACCAGCGUAAGUGACGAAGAAUGGAUAACUUACAAGGAAAAAUUCAACAAGAACUAUAAAGACGAAGCAGAAGAUAAAAUGCGUCGCGAAACAUUUGCUCGAGCUAAUCAACGAAUUGAGGAGCACAAUAAAAAAUAUGAAGCUGGCACCGUAACAUAUCGUAUGGGUCAUAAUAAUUUUUCCGACCAUACGGAAGAGGAAAUUUCUAGAUCCCGUGGGGUCCGUACAGGUCACUAACCGGUGGAGAAAGAAGAUUUCAUAAUGAUGACUCAACUAGCCCGUUACCAUUUAAAACCUAGGAUAAUAAGCAUUAAACAAUAAUAAGUAUUUUAUAUUCUUUUGACAAAUAAUUUUUUUCUAUUAUUGAUUAUAAUUUUUAUGUACAUAACGAAAAUUACCAAUAAAAACUGGGAAGAAAACUUUAAAAUUUAAAACGACUUGGCAAUAAAAUCCAAAAAUAUCUGAAAAAUGAAGUAUUCACUCUAGAGGAAAUCCUUGACACCCAACCCCUAACUGCAAGCAGUUUUAAACAUGAUGUCUGCACCUAAGCUUCGCUUUGUGCUUUUCUGGCUUCUGAUUCAAAUUUAUAGGAAAUCCAUACAGUUUUUAUUUUCUAUAUACAUAGCGCUUGGCAGCUGGUUUAGCAGAAAAAUUCGAAAGAAUUUUGUUGUGCAACACCAUAGCUAACUUAAAGUCCCUCAGACAAAGUUUGAAAUU